AUGUCCAAGCGCGGUGGACUUGGUGAAGUUCUUGACGAGGAUAGGCAGAAGCCCUUGAAAAUUUCAAAACCUUCUUUAGACAGUGAUGAGGAGGACUACCAAGAAAGCGAAUGCUUCCGGUUAAGGGAGGCUGAUAUUGACGGUAUGUUUGCUUUCAAGAUGAUUGAUUUCCUUUAUAUUUUAGGACAAGAAAACGCGACGCUGGAAUACGACGAUGGCAUAAAAAUCACUCCUUUUAACAUGCGGGAGGAACUCGAAGAAGAUGGGUAUUUUGAUGGGAACGGGAAUUUCGUAUUCAAAAAAUCUGUUGAUGCCAGAGACAACUGGUUGGAAGAUAUUGAUUGGGCAGAAGUAAAUAGAAAUCAGACGACGAAAAAAAUGACAGACACAUCCAUAAGUGAUGAUCCUCCUACGGUACCUGUAGUCAAUGAACGGAAAACGGAAAUGUAUCAAGAACUACUUCGUUUUCUCCUACCAAAGGAAACAGUGCUGCGCAGCAUUAAACGAAUGGGUGCACAGUCCAAUUCAGCAAAUUCAUCUUCAGCCAGUCAAAGAUGGCUGAAGAAGAAACAGAAGACCACAACCCAAGAGAAC